CUUGAUGACGGCAACGGUGAGAACAUGUUCCGCCCCCGCGAGUCAGGCCCGGACGAUCUCUCGCUCUCAUCACAAGUUGCGGCCAUGGGGGCGUUCUUGUCGAAGCCGCCAUCACCAGGCCCUUCCAACGCGAAAUCGAUUCCAACGCCAUCGACCUCGACGCCGUUCGAGCGCAAUGCAUCAAGGCCGCAUAUCUCAUGCACAAUGAAGUACUCCGCUCCGCUUCCGAAGCGGUAUCAGUCGCCCAAAAGCUCGCCAUCACGAUCAAGCUCAACGACCAACGAGCGUGGAAUGACCGCGCACGCAUCGAGGUCAUUUCCCGACAGCAGCUGUGGUGGACAAUCUAUUUUCUCGAUCGACGUAUUGCCCAGAAGAGUGGCAUUUCCUACCAUAUUCGAGACACUGAGUUCUACGUCGAAGAAUUCAAGCAUCCCAAGCCGGCAGACGAAAGCCGCACCGCCGAAGAGGCGGCAUAUUUUCCUUGGAGUACACGCAUCUACUUGCAGGCCCUGAUCGAUCUUGCUCGUCUCUGGAGUCAUGUGUGGGAUUCGUUCUUCGCCAUCGGCGCAACGAGAAAAGGAGACUGGAUGGAGGUGGAGAUCAUGGAUACACAAAUUCUCAACACUCGACGACAGCUGCCAGACGAAUUGUCGUGGUCAACCGAGAAACUCUUCGAAUACGGCCUCCGCGGAGAAGCCGCACCGCAGCUGCGCCGCCGCCUCCAAAUCGCAACCAGGAUUGAUCUACUCCGAAUGAUCAUUCGGCAAAACCCGGUUCGGCAGACCGCAUUCGUCCCCGAAACAGCGUAUCUCUGCAGUCGGAUUGCCCGAGAGACCAUCCAUGCCCAUGUCGCCUUCAUGGCGAGAUACCCGUGUGUUCGUGCUGUGGGCUACUUCACUACCACAUCGAUGGUGGAGUGUGUGUACCAUCUGGUGCCCGUCCUCCACUACUCCAAGAACGAGGAGCAGGCUGCUUGCGUCAAAGCGCUCAACCAAGCGCACGGCAUAUUGAUCCAGCUCUCCGCCAAAUUAAAUGUCGCCAAGCGAGCGUUGAAGGCUCUUCGUGGCGUCACCUCACGUUGGGGAACGCCCAGGAACACGACUACGCAUGAAGGCGCGACAGCUGUUGAGAGCGUAGUUGAGGCCAUGGAAAUGAGCGAAUCUCAAAUGGUUGACGAGGACUUCACCCACUUUCGUAUGGACCCGGAGCAAUGGGUGGACAUGCCCGGAGAUCUCUUUGGUAGUCCUUACGAGUUUGGAACGGGGGUCUUGAAUAGUGCGACUUAUUCAAGUGUAUGAAAAGCCUUUUCUUUGACAUGCCGGUGGAUGUGCUGUGCCCAAUAUGGAAUUGAGUAGGCCGCGGAAUGUUGCCGUUCAUUCCGAGCCCAUUCCGGCUUGACAACAAAACUCGAGAGGGAACGCCAACGAUAAUCAAUCACCACCAGCCGACAUGACGA